GACAUGUUUGCAUCAACCUACCGGUGAUGCACCUUUGAUCAAUAGAUUUUAGACAAAAGUGGUUUUUGAGUCCAAAGAUCAGGGCUGGGUUGACCUGCAGGGCAGAUCCAGGGUGUAUAAAAACAGGGGCAAGGCGCGGGCUGAUAGAAGAGCAAUCACCACCAAUCCGUCAUCGCAGCCAGGGCUCAGCUGAAGGCUGCCCGAGGCGUCAGGAGUGAGGAUGGAGCAAGGAAUGAAUGCCCUUCAUGACUUUGGGAUCCAGUCAACGCACUACCUCCAGGUGAAUUACCAAGACUCUCAGGAUUGGUUCAUCUUGGUGUCCAUGAUCGCAGACCUCAGGAAUGCCUUCUAUGUCCUCUUCCCCAUCUGGUUCCAUCUCCGUGAAGCUGUAGGCAUCAAGCUCCUCUGGGUAGCGGUGAUUGGAGACUGGCUCAACCUCGUCUUUAAGUGGAUUCUGUUUGGACAGCGUCCAUACUGGUGGGUCAUGGACACAGAUUACUACCGCAACACCUCUGUGCCGCUGAUAAAGCAGUUUCCAGUCACCUGCGAGACUGGACCAGGGAGUCCCUCUGGUCAUGCCAUGGGCACAGCGGGUGUAUACUAUGUGAUGGUCACAUCCACCCUCGCUAUCUUCCGGGGGAAGAAAAAACCAACCUACAGAUUUCGGUGCUUGAACGUCGCUUUGUGGUUGGGAUUCUGGGCCGUGCAGCUGAACGUCUGUCUGUCCCGGAUCUACCUCGCCGCUCAUUUUCCCCAUCAGGUUGUUGCCGGAGUCCUGUCAGGCAUUGCUGUGGCUGAAACUUUCCGCCACAUCCAGAGCAUCUACAACGCCAGCCUCAAGAAGUACUUCCUCGUCACCUUCUUCUUGUUCGGCUUUGCCAUUGGAUUUUACCUGCUACUCAAGGGGCUCGGCGUAGACCUCCUGUGGACGCUAGAGAAAGCCAAGAGAUGGUGCCAGCGGCCGGAAUGGGUCCACAUUGACACCACGCCCUUCGCCAGCCUCCUCAAGAACGUGGGGACCCUCUUCGGCCUGGGGCUGGCUCUCAACUCCAGCAUGUACAGGGAGAGCUGCAAGGGAAAGCUCAGCAAAUGGCUCCCAUUCCGCCUCUGCUGCAUCGUGGCCUCUCUUGUUCUCCUGCACCUCUUUGACUCUCUGAAGCCCCCGUCCCAAGUGGAGCUGAUCUUCUACGUCCUGUCCUUCUGCAAGAGUGCGGCCGUGCCCCUGGCAUCUGUCAGCCUCAUCCCUUACUGCCUUGCCCGGGUCCUGGGCCAGCCGGACAAGAAGUCUUUGUAAGGGCCUCGGAGCCUGCAGAGUUCAAGUUCAACUACCUACCGACCAAGCCAACCCCUGAGGGAGGCUAGGGUCUUCUGCCAGCCCAGAGGCCAGAGGUGCUGGAGUCUGCCCGGCGACCCCUCCCUCCUUUGCAAUUCUAAUUGUAUUGGGUGGGGUUUUUUUGGAAAGCAAAUAAGGCCAGUUGAGAAAGCCUUAUCUGUUAGGAGUUGGGUCCUUCUGGAUUUUUCCCUGAAGACUUACUUGCUCUUCUUUGAAAUAACACGAAAGUGAGACUUGCAGGUAGGGCCUGCUCGCCACCCAGGCUGGGGAUCUCAACUGAGAAUUUUCUACCUGUCCCCAUCCUUACACAGAAAAGGGAAAGGAGAAAGGAGCAGUGGACUUGACAGAGAAAGAAGAAUGAUGGGUUAAGGAAGACUUUUUCAUAUCCUGCACAUCUUGUAAAUUAUGUUAUACAAUAUCUAAAUGGCUUUGAUUAUAUUUGAGUCUUUAGAUAAGGCACUCUUAAUAGUGGGGGACCAACUUAGAGUAUAAUUAAUGGGUAAUUAGUGGGGUGAUUCUGCUUCUUAUAUUUUUCUGUUAUAUAUCCAAGGUCUUUGCAUUUACCGGGAUUCCUGAAUGGCCGCAGUAACCUUGAUUUGUACUGGGUCAGAGCAUUCAGAUAUAAUCAAUUUCUCCUCUAUCACCCUAGAUCUCCCUCCUUGUUAGCCCUGCUCUGCUUUCCCUAGAAUUUUCCACUGGCUCCACAUCCUGUCGGAUACAGAGAUGCCUAAAAGCAGCUCUGGGGCAGUGCUUGUGUAUGGUUUAGUUAAACUCUGAAAUCUUGGACAAAAAAGCGAGGAGAAGGCAGGAGAAGCAAGGAAUCCUCUCCCCAGAAGGUCACUCCAAUGUUACUUUUGAUUCCUACAGGGUAAAUAUGACUCCUUUCUCUAUCCCAAGACAACCAAAAGCACAUUCUUAGAGGAAAAGCCAGCUUUCCUUUGCCUGUUCUUAAGUCUCAGCUGAUUCGCAGAAUAUGUCUUAAAAAGAAUGUUUAAGCCUAUUUAUUUGAGAGUCCUUGUUUUUACUACUAAUUAUACAGCUCACCAUAUAUUACCAUUCACACCAGCCAUCCUGGUCAUAACAUCUUUGAAAAGGAAAAUAUAUAUGUGCAGUAUUUUAUUAAAACAACAUUUUAUUUAAGAACGAAGUCUUGCUGAUUACUGUAUUUUAGAUGCAAUUCGAUCUGAAGGUUCUAAUUCUGGCUCGGCUAAAUUUCUAGCUCUUUUUCUAUUUCCCUAAACAAAUCAUUUAGUCUCUGUGUACCUAUAUUUUCCCUUCGGAGAAAGAGAGUCUGGGGCUGGCCAGGAGUGCCCGUGGAGCUGGGGGGCCUACAAAGUGUCCACGGGGGCACAGAUAGUGUGGAGGGCAUUGAGGCAGGCGCAAUAUCAUCGGCCAAGAUUGCACAUUAGUUACCAGACCACAACAGGUCAGCAUGAGUGGCUCAAAGGGAUCAAGCUGCAACUUAAAGACAAAUACACAGGAUCAUUAACCAAACCAAGCAAUCAGGGAAUGUAAGUCACAGCAGCAGAAAAAGACCAGGUAGACUCUGGAAUCCAGGAAGCUGGUAUCAGCAAGGUUUGGGGUUAUGGUUAAAGAAAGUCAAAACAGGGGCCCCUGGGUGUCUCAGUGGGUUAAAGCCUCUGCCUUCGGCUCAGGUCAUCAUCAGGGUCCUGGG